CUGGUGCUGCCGUUUUGCGCUCAGGCCCGCAGGGCGAUGAAACGCCUCCGCACGGCAGUGGGUGAGAGCAAGAGUGUUGCACGUCGCUCGGUAUUCGACACGCUGUCAUCAAGUGCGACCGCGCUCUGAGACCUUUCGCUGCUGCUCGAAGGACGACGCGGGAAUUACUGCUGCGCUUCGUUUGCAAGUCUCGCCCGACGAGCGCCGUCAUCGUUCUGCACGAGCGAUGUGACGAUUGUUGCGAAUGCGUGUCCGUGGAUCACUUUUGGUGGUGGUGAUGGUGUGAUGUGCGUCAGACGCUGACGCCGAGUUCAGAAGGAAUUUCCCGAUCUGUCUUGCACGACGUUGGGGUAGCAAGUUGCCCGAAGACCAACUGCAAGCAGUGUACGAACGAACGGGAGCUCCGUAGAAAUCUUUUUAGCAGUACAUAUGUUCUAAAGGGUCUCAUAACUCAUGUAAAAAAUGCAGAAGCACAUGACGGCAGACAUUUUGGGUGCGUAUUUCUCCUGCUGAGAAAUGGGGCACUGGUUGACCGUUGCUAUUUUUUUAGAAAGUCCCGUCGGUUCAAAUGCACAUGUCAUGUAAAAGCAAAAUAAUUGGGGUUUAUGUGACCUUGUACAUGUUUUAUAUACAUAUGUUGCACUCGGUGUAUUGCGCUGAGCAAUAUUGAAGAUACAUGUUGGAAUCUUACGUUGACUUUCGCUACUUUUUUGGUUUAUGAGUGCUUACUCGUUUUGUAUCGCGAACAUCGUGCACGUGUGCAGCUACUAGAAAUUAGUUAAACUUCGGGCUAAGUGCUUUUGAAUGUUUGUCUUAAAUCCUUAGAGGCAAAUUUACGCUAACGUUACAUGGAAUAGUUGUCUUCUAUGUAAUAUUAUACAGGAAAAUAGUGAAAAUGACGCAAAAAUUAGAGCCAUAGUCAUAAACAUCGGACUUCAGUCAGAACCACGUGGUCGGCCAGGCUCAAUCAGUGCCCUUUUUUUGGGCGGGAGUUCCGAUUCCCUUGUAGGUAAAUUACGCGUUAGGUCCACUGAUGCCAUUUGCUUUCUAAGUCUGUUGUAUAUUCAGCUUUGUGCUUCAGUUAUCUGACGCUGAUGGUUUGUUCAUGGAAAAGAGCCAUUGACAAGAAACUGAUUUCUUAUACUGAAAUUUUAUGGCGCCCUCAAAAGAUCACUUGUAAUCUAUGUUUAAAGAAACCCAACGACUAUUCUAGAAAUUCUCCUAAAACAUUUCGCGAUCACGGCAUUUAUGAAUAGUAAGAAGAGAAGUUUGAGAUGCUUGUUUGUACACCACAUUUCUUACGCUGAAAACUUUCAUGUGUGACAAGGUACGGGGGGACGGUCUUCUGCCGAUGAUUAGAACAGUAGCCAGAACAGUUUCAUCGAUAUCAACGGCGCUGCUUUAGCAUAGCUUCGAGGACACUGUAAUGGCAUGCAUGUGGGUAGAAGCUCUGAAGCAGUCGGGUUCCCGCUAGAUGCACCAUCGAAUGAAGCCGGCCAUGGUCGAUUGAACGUUGGAGUGGCGGCGGUGCGGAUGUUAUCAACGAUGGCCAGUGACAGAAGGGGAUCAUACAUGAGCACAUUCAUGCUCCAUAGGACCGCACAUUCCUUCGUGCUCGUGACAGCACCACUGUUGUUGCUUUUGGCAAUAGUUCCUCCGCAACAACCAGCGUCUGCUUCGGCAUCGCCGCUGCUCCCUCAGACUCGGACGGCAAAGUUGCUCUCCAGGACCCGUAGGGACGAGAAUGAAGGAGUCGGAAUAAGACAUCGCACAACGAGUGUGGGAUUCUACAUCGGCGAUCCAUGCAUACAGACCUGCAGCAGCGUCUUGCACCACGUGUUCUGCAACCACACUUCUCGACGCUGCGAGUGCAGGCGUGAGCAUCCCGUCAACAUAAACAACAGGCAAUGCGUCAAAGCUUCUUCUCUGGGCAGCCACUGCGCAUAUCACGAGGUGUGCGUGUACUCCGUGGCCCACUCGUCCUGUCAGAGCAGCAAGUGCCGCUGCGUUGAUGGUCAUGAGCCCGACGCGGAAUCUAAAAAGUGCACACCAAAGCGUGCUCCAGCCAUCCUGGACGGUACCGAACUCACAACGAUGGUGAGCGUGAUCGUGGCGCUACUGCUCUUCAUGGCACUCUUUUGCCUCGUCCUUAGGCUCUUCAGCAAAUCCCGUUUCGGUCCCUCCAGCGGUGAUCGUAUGGCCGACGCUGGAUCGCCACCUCCGAACGCCGCCGUGCUCAGCUCCGUGGAUGGGUCCUUGUCCGGCAACGGGGCCGCAGCGGGACCCACGGAAGGUCCUGCAUCCCGGCGGAUGUCCCGGAACUCUGUUGACAUUGCCGGGCCACGACGACCCAGCAACAGUCUUCGUGCAUCAGCAGAAACGAGGAAUUCGGAGAUCAAAAAUUGAAGCGGCGAUCUCGGUGAUGCACAGAGCGUGAUGUUUCUGAUUGUGAGACAGCAGCUGCUUUACCUUCCAUGGACUAAAGAAAGAAGUGUCUUCUGACGAUCCCAUGCGCGGGCAGCUACUCCUAAUGUUUCUAUCAAGGAAAAGGGAACACUUAAGUAGUAUCACUCCGCAGUUACAACAGGAAUGAGGGCACAUGGGGUAUUAUUUUAUACACCUCUCAUUCUCAUUUCACGUAGACCACACAGUUAGUCACGUGCUACUUUUCUUUUAUUUGGACAUGAAAUAUUAGUGGUAUCGAGGUACUGGCGGACGUUAUAGCUUUCUUUAUUUGAUUUUCUUCUAGACGUUAUCAAAUAAUAUUAGUAAUUAUUCAUCACUCCACGAAACCAGGUACAUUACUCAUACCAAAGAGGCAGCCACUAUAUCUUCUUAUGUCGUGUCCUAAGAAUGUUUUUUCGAGAAGUAAUGGUUCUUUCUCGAUACGAUUUCACCGUACAUAGCCCUGCAAAGCGUAUACACUAAUCUGCAAACAUAAGAGGCCUACCAAAGGAACGCUGUUAUCAAAAAGCGCAACACAACAUCCCUCACUUUGUUUCCAUUCAUGUUGACCACAAUAAAUUAUAUCAACAGA